UCAUGAGGAAUUUGAGGUCUGAAUGGUCAUUAACAUAUCUUUUGUUUCCAAGGGUGGGAGAGGUCUAAGGUGUGAACUGGUCAUUACAAUGUGUGACAAGCUUGGUAGGAACAUCCUGUGUUCAGUGUUUUGUCCAUUUGAGUACCUUGAAAACGAUUUCCAUGCGCUUUUCAUGAUAAAAAAAAGGAUCUGGACAGCAUCUGGAAAUGGAACAGUUAAAAACGGAAACGCUUAGAAACACGUUUACAAGCGUUUUGCAUUUGAAACGCUGAUAAAAUCUACUGUUGAAUGCAAGUUUGGUGCAU